UCAAGUUAUCAUCCACAGGUUUUUUUUCUGUGACUGCGAGGUACUCAGUCAGUCAGUCUUUCUCCGUAAGCCAAAAGCCAACAGUGUUUUUCAGAGUGUUGUUCAUUGCUGUCACCAUGUUCCCCAGGGUGAUUUUGAAGGGAACUAUGAUUAAGAAAUCUCAGCAAAAGAAGAGGACAUCACCAUGUAACUACAAGGAGAGGUUUUUUGUAUUGGACACCCAAGACCUGAAGUAUUCUGAACGCCGCCCGGGGAGAAAGCCCAUGCCAAAAGGCUGCAUCGAGCUGUCCAGAAUCAAGUGUGUGGAGAUUGUGUGCACUGAUGUCCCCAUACCAUGCAACUAUAAGUACCCUUUUCAGGUUUUUCACAACAACCACUACCUCUACAUUUUCGCCCCAGACAACGAUUGCCGUCAGAGAUGGGUCAGAGCUCUUAAAGAAGAGACAAAGCAUAAUGAUUUGGUUGCAAAAUAUCACCCAAACUUCUGGAUGGAUGGAAAAUGGAGAUGUUGCCAACAAGCAGAGAAACUGGCAACGGGUUGUCAUGUGUAUGACCCAGUGGGUUAUGCUUCUAAAAAGCCACUUCCUCAACUCCCGGAGCCAGAGAUGGGACUGCAUCAUGCAGGACAAAGGAUAGUCAUUGCUCUGCAGGACUAUGCACCACUCGGAGAUGAUGACUUGCCCCUUCAGAAAGACCAGGAGUACACCCUGAUUAACAGCUCCCACUCUGACUGGUGGGCCAUACAGGAUGACAAGGGGAACACAGGCUUUGUGCCCAGUACUUACGUAGCUGAAAAAUGUGGCAACAACUUUGAGAGAUUUGAAUGGUACAACAAAAAAAUAACGCGGGCGGAGGCAGAGAAUUUGUUAAUGAAACAGGGGAAAGAAGGUGCAUUCAUGGUGCGUGACUCAAGGCAGGCAGGAGUCUACACAGUGUCAGUCUUUACCAAAGCACCGGGGUCUAAUGGGGAGAAAAAUCCAAGAGUGAAACAUUACCAAAUUAGACAGACGGAAACAGGAGAGGCCACAUUUUACUUGGCGGAGAAAUACCUGUUCAGCACCAUUCCUGAGCUCAUCCAUUACCACCAACACAAUGCUGCCGGCCUGAUAACGCGUUUAAGACACCCUGUGUCUCAAGAAGGAGGCUGCUGUCAGGACAUUGCUGAUCCCUCAAAUGAUCAGUGGGAAGUGGACUCUGCGGAGCUGACCUUGGGUCAGGAGUUAGGCAGCGGCCAGUUUGGCCUGGUUUUGGAGGGGAGAUGGAGGGAUAAAAAGGUGGCAGUGAAGAUGAUAAGAGAAGAGUGCAUGUCAGAGGAAGAAUUUAAAGAAGAGGCAAAGGUCAUGAUGAGGCUGUCUCACUGUAAGCUGGUUCAGCUUUACGGUGUGCGCACCCAGUGUUCUCCCAUGUGUCUGGUGUUUGAGUUCAUGGAUAACGGCUGUUUGUCAGACUACCUGCGAGCCCACAAAGGGCGUCUGUCUCAGGACACAUUGUUGGGGAUGUGUCUGGAUGUCAGUGAGGGGAUGGCUUACCUGGAGAGCUCCAACUUCAUUCACAGAGAUCUGGCUGCCAGGAACUGCCUGGUUUCAAAAAACAAUGAGGUGAAGGUAUCUGACUUUGGUAUGACCAGAUUUGUGCUUGAUGAUCAGUACACUAGCUCCCAGUGCUCCAAGUUCCCAGUCAAGUGGUCGUCCCCGGAGGUCAUCAAGUACUGCAAGUUCAGCAGCAAGUCUGACGUCUGGUCAUUUGGUGUGCUCAUGUGGGAGGUGUAUAAUGAGGGCCGUCUGCCAUAUGAGAACCGCACCAAUGCAGAGGUGGUGGAUUCCCUGAACGCUGGCCUCAGGCUCCUGAAGCCACGCUUGGCCCCAGACGCUGUCCACCUGCUCAUGGAGUGGUGCUGGAAGGAGAAACCAGAAGACCGUCCAUCCUUUGCUCUCCUCCUGCAUGAGCUGGCCUCCCUCUCAGACCUGUGAAUCAACAUCAGAUUUGAGGUUGAAAAAUAUGCAAAUAGCUCUAUUUAUUCUAUUUAUUUAUUACUAGUUGCUUGUCAAAUGUUUUCAAAUGUCUGUGAAGUUCUUUCGAGUAACAUAAUUACGAUGGCAGUUUCAGAUUCCUGGAUUUUGCACUUUAUCUGUUUCAUACUGUAGCUCUGUAUACAGUCUGUUCCUGAGAAGGCUCACACAGCCCAUUCACACAGCUUACUGCAAGUUUAUGUUAAUUAAUGUUUUAAAUAUAUCAAAAGGUUUCUGUACAUAAAAUAGGUGAGAUGGUUGUGAUGUUUAACCCACUGUGAAUUAAAUGGAUUUGUUGUCA